CGAAUGAUUCGGCUGCUUCAUUCUUUAACUCUUGAAUAACCAACAGACGGUGAUGCUUUGUUGACGGUUUUCUCUGAGCAUGUUUCUUCAUUUGUUUUAUAUAUUUAGUGCGUGAAUGUUCCUGGUCAAACAGCUAACGAAUUAUAAUUCCAGAGCUAUCAGUAGACAACUGACAUUUCCUCGUCGACAGCUUAUUUCUAAAGGAUUUUCUUUAUAUUCUGUUGUUUUCACAGAAAUGGAAGACAUCGCCACCAUGUUUCAGAAUGCUGAAGAACUGGCAAGUUUUGGCAGACGGGAAGAAGCAAUGAAUCGAUACUCUCAGUUCAUAGAUCUUGUUGAGUGUAAGCUAAAGGUGCUUCCGAACGAACCAGUAAAAUUUAAACUACAAGAACAGAUUGCUCUGGCAUACAACAAUCGUGGUCAUCUUCGAUAUUUGAAUGUUGACUUUCCUGAAGCUGUUAGUGAUUAUACAAAAGGUUUAGAUCAUACACAACUUCCAGUAACCUAUUAUAACCGAGGACUUAUUCAUUACAGGCUUGGUUAUUUUGAUGAAGCUAUCAGGGACAUGCAAGAGGCUCUUAAUCUUGACCCAAAUUUCGAAAGUGCAAAACAUUGUUUGCACCAGUCAACAGAAGACAAAAAUGUUCACAAUAAUCAUGAAUUGAUAGAUGAGAGAACCCAUAGUAAUUUCAGUUGAAGACAAUUAAUUAAAGAUAGUUGAAGUUAUAUAAUUACUUAUAAAUGGGACAAUACUAGUGUACCUGUUUAAUAAUUAUAAUUCACCAAAGAAAGCAAUUAAAAAACACACAGUACUUAUAAUUAUUGCAUGUCCCACACUCAUCUGAAUCUCUUAAUUUCAAAUGGAUCUUUCCAAAUUUUACAUUUAUCUCAUUUAAUGGAGUAUUUAAAUGUCCUAUGGUAAUUCAGAUAUAUCUCAGUAUUUUAACAUAUCUAAAUUUCCAUUUGCUUGUAAAAAAAUUCAUAUUGCAAGAACAAUACUAAUUACAAACAUUGGCUGCAGAAUAUUUCAUUAAAAGUGAAGAGCUACAUGAUAAACUAAUGCAUUAUACAUCAAUAAAAAUGUGACUGACUCAAAAUCAACACAAAAGAACUUUAUAAUGCAAAUACUAAAAAUUGUCUAAUAUAAUGCUGUAAAGACUGACUUCAUUAAAGCAUAUAUUAUUUGUAAAAA